CAGGAGGAUGGCUGCAGUAGAGACAGGAGGGGUGGGGGCCAUGAGGCUUUUGGCCCUGCUCACUUUGCACAGGCACCUGGGGGUCUCUGAAAGGUGUGAAGAGAGCGGGCACAAGGAGAGACCACCCUGCCUGCUGCGUGCGCUUCAUUAAAAACUGGUGGGACCCCUGGGAGGGGCAAUCCCAGCAGCAGAGAGACUGGGGACAAUAAAAAGCAGCCAACGUCUAGACAGAAAUAAGGAGGUGGAAUUUGCAGGACUCGGUAACGGGUUGGCCGCUGGGGGCACGGGCCACUAACCUGUGGCCCACGGAAGGCGCAGCUGAAGCCUCUGUGGCCUGGAAUAUCCUAUCUCCCUAGGGCACUGGCAUUCAAGUGUUUGUUUGUGUGCCUCUGGAAAGAAUUCUAAAAAUCCGCACCCCUUCGCACACCAUGAAGUGGACACCUAGAAUCGUACGCAGACUUAAGUAGCUGCAAAAGACGUCCUCACGAACGUGUACUCUCUGUGCGAUUUGAACGGAUUCAUGUCAAAACUUUGUACCUGCAGACUCAGCACACUGGAUUGGAAACUACCCGUAACCAGUCAUCCCUGUGAAACCUAUGGGACUUCCUCUUGGCGAGAAGUCCGACAGCACCCCCGCGCUCUUCAGCUCACUUUUGAGCAACCGCACGAAACCAUCCAACCCUGAGCUCUAAUUCAGGAAGACGUCGGAUUUCAUGGGACGGAGCAAGGGGCUGCCCCCUCCAUUUCCUUCCCGAAGCCGCAGAGAAACCUUGCUUUCCCACAGCGGGAAAAGGAGACCCUGCUCGGACGCGGCCCGCGAGCAGGCACAGAACGAGCACACGCGCGCCUCCGCGUGUCCCCACCGCCGCCGUCGCUGUCGCUGCACGCGCGCCCGCAGCCCUGGCCCCACCUGGCGCGGCCAGUGGACCGCCGGGCCUGCGCGGCAGGCGCCCCGAGGGCGGGCCCGGUUCCUUUGCCGCCGCAGGCGGCGGGCGAAAGCGCGCUCGGUAACCCCCGGGGCCCUCCUCAACCGACGGAACGAAGCGCUCCCGCCGGGUCGCGCUCGGGCGGCUCCUCCCGGGCCCGUGCGAAGGCAGGCGCCGGGUGCGGAGGGACCCCGCCUCGGGGCGGCGCGGAGCACUGGCGCCUGCCCCCCGCCCCCUGCCCUCCGAGCUCACACAAAUGACGGAAAGGGAGCUGGGACCUUCGCCUCCGACUCAGUCUAGAUGUCGCCAUCCCUGCGCGAAGUUCCCCCGCAACGACACCUCGACGGCGGCCAUCUUGCCCAGAGUCGGCCGACGCCUUUUGACUCUCGCGCCAACCCGUAGAGCGAGCGCGCCGCGAGAAGAGUUCUGCGCAAGGACGGAAGCUGGAGUCUCGCGCUUCCGGGCAGCCGCCGCGCUCCGCCCCCUCGCGGGAGCGCUUGAUUGGUUACAGGCUGGCGAGCCUGCGCUCUCGCGAUCUCGCGGGAGGUGUCUGAAGGGGCGGCCGUCCGUGCGUCUGCCCUCCCGUUCCCCGCCCCCGCCUCCGCCGCGGCUCCCGCCUCCGCCACCCAUCCCCGGCGCCUCGCCGCCCUCCCGGCUCGGCCGCCCCCCGCCCCCCCGAGCGGCCGUGGAGACCGCGCUGCGCGGGAGGCGGGAUCCGCACGGGAGCGCCUUUCGAGCGAAGGCUACAAGGUUCAGAAGUGGUCGGCAACCACAGCAGUGGCAGUUACCUGAAGCACCGCACUCGUGUCCCUGUGAAAAGAACGAUUUUUAUGACCACCGCUUCAGAGCAGAAGCUGAGCUGGUGAGGACGCGAACUGCUUGCUUGGGAAGCAAGUGUUCCUCGGUUUCAGAGUUGGGAGAGAUUGGGAGUGUAUGAGCAGGGGAGAGGGGCAGAGG